AUGUGGACUAUUUUCUUUACAAUUAUUCUAUUUGGUUCAAGAAUUGAAGGCGUACCGCGAACUGAUGUUACAGUUUCCGGUUUGUCGUCGGGAGCUGCGAUGACAGCGCAGCUGCACCUCGUUUAUUCAUCCACAAUCAGCGGUAGUGGUAUUCUCGCCGGUCCUCCCUAUUAUUGUGCUCGAGGCAAUUCGAAGAAUGUUGAUGAAUGUCUGUACGGCCCAGAAAAAUCCAUUCCCGUCGAAGAACUUAUCAGUCAAUUACAAUCAUAUGCUUCUGCUGGUACAGCUGAUCCAACAUCGAAUAUUAAAAACGAUCCUGUCUAUAUAUUUACUGGUAAAUAUGAUCCCGUCGUUUUUCCUGAUGUUGUCAAACUCAAUGCAAAAGUGUUUUUAUCGUUCGGUGCAAAUAUCAAGCCAAAUUAUGAAAUGCACGCGACUCAUGGAUAUGCGACAGAAAAUUUUGGUGGAUCUUGCGAGAUUCCCGAUCUGAAAUAUUUUAUUAAUAAUUGUUCGUUCAAUUUGGCUUAUGAUGUAUUAAAUCACAUAUUUGGUGGAAAUCUGACUAAACCUGGUCAAUCAGUACCAUUAACUGGUCAGUUUAUAACUUUCGAUCAACCUGCACUGAUGAGUCCAGAAUCUGGAGGGGUGUCCAAGGACUGA